AAGGGGGCGGAGUUUCAGAGCGAGCAUUAAAGGCGCGUCCAACCGUCUUGUAGUGCAUCCUGUUUGUUUGCCAGCUGAGGAGUGUUAUAGCUACUUGUGGAGCUACAUUUGCCUAAAACAGCGAGAUGGCUGACCAGCUGACAGAGGAGCAGAUUGCCGAAUUCAAAGAGGCAUUCUCACUCUUUGACAAGGAUGGAGAUGGCACCAUUACAACCAAAGAGUUGGGCACUGUCAUGCGCUCUCUGGGCCAGAACCCCACAGAGGCCGAGCUGCAGGACAUGAUCAAUGAAGUGGAUGCCGAUGGAAAUGGAACGAUAGACUUCCCUGAGUUCCUGACCAUGAUGGCAAGGAAGAUGAAGGACACAGACAGCGAGGAGGAGAUCAGAGAAGCAUUCCGUGUCUUUGAUAAGGACGGAAAUGGGUACAUCAGUGCUGCUGAGCUACGUCAUGUGAUGACAAACCUGGGAGAGAAGCUGACUGAUGAGGAGGUCGACGAGAUGAUCAGAGAAGCAGACAUUGAUGGUGAUGGUCAGGUGAACUACGAAGAGUUUGUACAGAUGAUGACGGCGAAGUGAAAGCCUUGUACAGAUCCUCUCUUCUAUAAAUAAUUUGCCUUUUUUUCUGUUUAAUUUAUCUGUAAAACGUUAAGUCCCCUCCCCCUCCCGGCUGUCCAAAGGAACUGCAUGUAAACUGCAUAGGAUCUAACUCCUCAUGUCCCUUUCUUUUGCUGUCAUCGUGUUUUUGGAGUGACGGUGCGGUUACACGAUCAGGUGCUUGUUGCGGCGAAAAGGGGGCUGUGGCGCGCAAAAACCUGCACGUCACAUCUGUCUGCCCUCCACCCGAUGCGUAGCAAGAGCGGAGACCUGCCAGCUGGCUUGUCACACGACAACAACGUUGGCAGGGCAACAAUGUAGAGGAGUAACUCUGCAUGGACUAUGGACAAAGUAUAUAAUAUAUAUGAAAUUUAUCAGCAUUGCACUACUGCAAAAAAAUAAAAAAUAAAAAAAAGACACGGGUGUAUCUUCUAGAUACUCGUACAUAAACUCUUUUUGUAUCUGCUGUUCUGUACCAGAGAACUUGUUUGAAUCUUAUGAUGCUUUUUAAUGUUUUAUUCACUUUCAUUUCUUUUCUUUUUCUUUUUUCUUUCUUUUUUAAACAGCUUAACGGCAUUGUCAUGCCUCAAAUAAUCCAUUCCAAGUUGUAUAUUUUUGUUUUCCAAUAAAAGUUACAACCCAGA